AGACAAAAACAGAACAUCAAUCCUCUGUUUUUGAAGACCAAUGAAAGACUUUACAGAUACAAGAUCGGAGUCGGAGUGGGACUCGGUUUCUUACGGCGACAAUGAGAUAAGUAUAGUUCCACAAGUGGAACUAACUGUGCCCAAAACCGACGAUCCAACUUCACCGACGGUUACAUUUAGGAUGUGGGUUCUUGGCAUUAGCGCUUGUGUUCUUUUGUCAUUUCUAAACCAGUUUUUCUGGUACAGAACCAAUCCUUUGUCCAUCUCCUCUGUUUCGGCUCAGAUUGCUGUUGUUCCCAUUGGUCAUCUCAUGGCUAGAGUUCUUCCCACAAGGAGAUUCUUCGAAGGGACGAGGUGGUCUUUCACAAUGAAUCCUGGUCCGUUUAGUACCAAAGAACAUGUUCUUAUAACUGUGUUUGCAAACUCAGGCUCUGGGUCUGUAUACGCUAGUCAUAUUCUUAGUGCUGUUAAGCUUUAUUACAAGAGAAGGCUUGAUUUCUUACCUGCUUUGCUCGUUAUGAUCACCACUCAGGUAAAUAUUGAUUUCGUGUUUAUUGUUAUAGAGUUUCUAGGUUUAGGGUUAUGUGUACUGAGAAUUUUUUUCCUUGUUUUGUGCUGCAAGGUAUUGGGAUUUGGUUGGGCUGGUUUGUAUAGGAAACAUUUAGUUGAUCCUGGUGAAAUGUGGUGGCCAAGCAAUCUUGUUCAAGUGUCUCUCUUCAGAGCAUUGCACGAGAAAGAGAACAAAUCAAAAUGGGGAAUUAGUCGAAAUCAGUUCUUUGUCAUCACGCUCAUCACUAGCUUCUCCUAUUAUCUCCUACCUGGUUAUCUCUUCACGGUCUUAACCACCGUCUCUUGGUUAUGUUGGAUUAGCCCUAAAUCGAUUCUAGUAAACCAGCUUGGUUCAGGGUCAGCUGGUCUAGGUAUUGGUUCCUUUGGUCUGGACUGGUCAACCAUCGCGUCAUAUCUUGGAAGCCCACUCGCUAGCCCAUUCUUUGCCUCAGCAAAUAUUGCGGUUGGGUUCUUUCUUGUGAUGUACGUAAUCACACCUCUCUGUUACUAUCUAGAUUUCUACAAUGCCAAAACCUUCCCAAUCUACUCCGGUAAACUCUUUGUAGCCAGUGGGAAGGAAUACAAUGUAACGAGCAUCAUCGAUGCCAAUUUCCGCCUCGAUCGUAAGGCUUACGCAGAGACCGGACCAGUCCACAUGAGCACUUUCUUUGCCGUGACUUAUGGACUCGGCUUUGCGACCUUGUCUGCUAGUAUUGUCCAUGUCCUGCUUUUCAACGGCAAAGAUCUUUGGACUCAAACCAAAGGAGCGUUUCGAAAAAACAAGAAAAUGGAUAUACAUACAAAGAUCAUGAAGAGGAAUUACAAAGAAGUUCCUCUCUGGUGGUUUCUUUCGAUUUUCGCCGUGAAUCUUGCAGUUAUUGUCUUCAUAUGUAUUUACUAUAAGACACAGAUUCAGCUUCCAUGGUGGGGAGCUUUCUUGGCUUGUUUGAUAGCUAUCUUCUUCACUCCUCUCGUUGGUGUGAUCAUGGCCACUACUAACCAGGCUCCGGGUCUGAACAUUAUCACGGAAUACAUAAUUGGGUAUGCAUAUCCAGAGAGACCAGUUGCUAACAUAUGCUUCAAGACUUACGGAUACAUCAGCAUGUCUCAAUCUUUGACUUUCCUCUCUGAUUUGAAGCUUGGAACUUACAUGAAGAUCCCACCAAGAACCAUGUUUAUGGCACAGGUUGUGGGCACUUUAGUAGCAGUCAUCGUUUACGCAAUCACAGCUUGGUGGCUAAUGGCUGAAAUCCCAAAUCUCUGUGAUACUUCUCUGCUUCCACCAGGAAGUCAGUGGACUUGUCCAUCGGAUCGAGUCUUCUUCGACGCAUCAGUGAUCUGGGGACUUGUAGGACCAAGAAGAAUGUUUGGUGAUCUUGGAGAAUACUCAAACAUAAACUGGUUCUUCGUAGGAGGUGCAAUAGCUCCAGCAUUGGUCUACUUAGCCACAAGACUCUUCCCAAACAAGAAAUGGAUCUCAAACAUUCACAUCCCUGUUCUGGUUGGAGCCACAGCUAUAAUGCCACCAGCUUCUGCGGUUAACUUCACGAGCUGGCUCGUUAUGGCGUUUGUGUUUGGACAUUUCGUGUUCAAGUACAGAAGAGAAUGGUGGCAGAGAUAUAACUAUGUUCUGUCUGGAGGAAUGGAUGCAGGAACUGGAUUCAUGUCUGUGCUUUUGUUUCUUACGCUGCAACGUAGUGAGAUUGCUAUUGAUUGGUGGGGAAAUUCUGGUGAAGGUUGUGCUGUUGCUAAAUGUCCAACUGCUAAAGGUGUUGUUGUUCAUGGUUGUCCUGUUUUCUAAACCAAGAUUCUCCUGUAUUCCU